UAGAUUGAUUAGCCAAGAAGUCUUCAAAAUCGUCGUUUUCAUCCUGUUUCCUUUCGAGGAGUUUUGGGGUUCCGAUUCGAAGUUUUUUGCUACAGAAAUAAUUGAUUCUGAGUUGGAUUCUGGAUACUCUAUUGUGUCAUCUGAAUGGCUUCUAAAUCUUCCGACUUUGAACCUUCUGCACCCCCAUUUCCUCCAGGUUCUCGGGGAUUACAAGACCAGAAUGAAAAUGAGCCUUUAAUUCAAGGGCAAGGGCACACCUAUGCUCCAUCCCCUUCCUCCUAUCAUCCAGUCGCCUACGGACAGCCACCUCCACCUCCACCUCCACCUCCACCUCCACCUAUGUUUUAUCAGCAGUACAUGGCGCCAUCUCCUCCUGUCUAUGGAACCCCUAUGUGGCAGCAAGAAACCAGACCUGAAUGGAGUACAGACCUCUGUAAUUGUAUGGCAGACAUACCCAUCUGCCUGCUUGGCUGUCUUUGCCCCUGUUUACUUUUCGGGAAAGUUGCAGAAAAACUGGACGAUGGUCUCACUUCCUGCCUUGCUCCUGCUCUUGUUUGGUACAUCGUCCAGCAAUUUACCUCUUUAGGGUGUAUUUACUCAUGUGGGUAUAGGAAGAAGCUUCGUGCAAGAUACAAUCUUCCAGAGAGGCCCUUGCCUGAUUGUCUGGUACAUUGGUUGUGCUGGCCUUGUGCAUUCUGUCAGGAGUAUAGAGAAUUGCAUAUUCGGAGACGAGCAGAAGAAGCGCGGCGUGCCACAUCUGUGAUGCCUCCUCCGCAACAAUUCAUGAACUUCUGAGGAAACGGCAUAUAUGACGCAGCAGUAUUAUAUUAGGUACUAUUCAAUUACUUUUCUAAUAAUAAUCUGUGGAAGAUUUUAAUAAAAAAAUUAUGAUGUUUUCAGUUCCAUUGGAUUGAAAAGAAUUUCCAGAAAAAAACUGUGUAUAUUUUGUUUUUAUAAACCACAGACCGGGGCUCAUUAUCUAUAGAUUUCAGGUGGGGAUAUGUGGUCCUAACACAGCUUUUAUGGUACUAAUCGAUUAAGUUAGUUUGAGUACACCUAAUUCUUAACAUUGCAUUAGGUGUAUUGCAUAUAAUUGUAUACUAUUGAUUUGAUCGAUAUAGGAAGGAUAUGUUCUACGUUACCUGUCUAUGUAAGGAUGUUAACACUUUGUUAAUAUAUGUUGAGUGAGGAUUGUUCUUU